AUGGCAUCAAAAUUAAUUAAUUACAAUAACAAUAUUUCCUUAAAUUCUUCCAAAAUUUGUUUAUCUCAACACAAUUUGCGUCUUUCUGCUCAUUUUGUUGAGAAAAUAUUUAUUGGAAUUUUAUUGCCUCCAAUUAUUUUGUUUGGUUUAAUUGGGAAUUGUUUAAAUCUUUUAAUUUUACUUGGAGGAAAUAAAAGAAAAAUUGCUAGACCAGACAUUUUAUUAUCUUCCCUUGCUUUGUUUGAUGCUUUAUUUUUAAUUUUAUUUCUUCCAAAUUCUUUGGCACAUUUUGAUUUAUUUUAUUUAAAUAAUUUAUUUCGAAAAUUUUAUUUUUUGUUUAAAAUACACAUUCUUGCAUUAAUUAAUCAGCUUAGUUUUUUUUUAUUUUUAUUAAAAAAAUAA